UUCAUUCUUCACCCAUACUCAUAUGCUUAUGGUGUUUCUCCAGCUAAUCUAGAAUUUUAUUCCAUUGGUGAUGCUCUACAAUUAAGUUCUGAUCAACGUAAUUCCCAACCUGCGAUAAUCAGUGGCCAUCAGAAAAUAGUUAAAUCAUUUGGUGAUCUAAAUAAAGAAGUUAAUCAACUGGUUGAUUCAUUUGAUUCUGUCCUUGGUUUGACUAAAGGUGAUGUUGUCUCUUUGUGGUCAUCAAAUUGUUAUGAAUGGAUAUUAAUUCAAUUGGCUUGUGCUCGCUAUGGGUUAGUUUUGUGCACCCUUAAUCCAGUUUACAAAUUACCCGAACUGGAAUAUGCUCUUGCCAAGUCGGGGGCCAAAGUUUUAUUCGUACCUGGUCAGUCUUCCCAACAAACGGUGGUCAAUGAUUUCGCCAACAUAGCGAGUAAAUUGAAUAGGAAAACUAAUUCAACUCUUGAGAAAUUGGUUCAAAUUGAUGGUGACAAUUUAACUUCAUUAGAAUUUGACAAAUUCUCUUUAAAACAAUUGUUAUCAUCGAGUGAUGGAUCAACUACAACUUCAUCAAGAGUCAAUAGUGAUGAUCCAGCGAUCAUCAUGUUCACUUCGGGAACAACCGGUAAACCUAAAGGAGCCUUAUUAUCACAUUGUAAUCUAAUCAACAAUGCACAAUUAACUGCUCGAAGACUUGGUCUUGAUGAACCAGGAACUGUUGCCGCUAUUCCAGUUCCUCUUUUCCACAUCUUUGGCCUUGUCUAUGGGAUCACAAUGAUGGCCCGAAUGGGAAUCACAAUCACUCUUUCUGGUUAUCGUUACAAUGUUAAGAGUUUGGUUGAGACAAUUAAUGAAAAUAACUGUUCCCAUGCAAUGAUUGUUCCAGCGAUGACGAUUGAUUUAAUCAAUUAUCUAGAGAAAAACAACAUCACUAUGCCUUCACUUAAAACCGUGAUCACCGGUUCAGCUCCAACCACCGUUGAAACUGUUCAUAUUAGAUUCUUGAAAGUAAAUCCUCACACUGAAAAUUACCUUAUUCGUUAUGAAUCCACAGAAACUGGUACUGAUUCUAAAUCUAAUUGCUCAUCGUCUUUUUGUUCAAAAGAAAAUCGAUUUCGAAUUUGUAUUCGAAUACAUUGACAGUUCAAGAGAAUC